UUUCCAUAAUCCUUGAGCAAUAAUGCCGCAGAAAAAGAAGCAACUUCGUUUUAAGAUCCCAUGGAUAUCAUCAUCAUCAUCAUCAGCCUCAAAACAAAAAUCAAAACUUGAACGGCCACCUUUUCGGCCUCCAGGGAUAGCACCUGCACCUGCACCUGCACUACCACAUUCUUCUCCUUCUUCCCAAUCUCAGCAGCAACAAGAACGAGAAGCACCUUCUCAUCCAGCACAGUCACCAGCGUCUUCUGUGAUCCUUGAUUCCCCAGUGUCUUCACCUUCUCGAACCCCUCACUCUGCCUCUAAACAUGAAGAACAUGAAAAGAUGAAGUCAGCAGAGUUCAAGAAGGAACCGGAAGAAGCAAAGGAGAUAGUGCUGGUGAUGGAGCACGAACCAAUCAAAGAAGAAUCCAUAGAGAGGAAAAUGAUGUUUGCUACAUCAUCAAGCAGUGGAAAAGACAUCAAAGUUGUGAGUAAUUCAGGCAACACUUCCACUAUGAACGUAUCAAGCACAACCAUACCCCUCAAAGAAGAAAAACAACACCAUGUUAAUACCCAACUGCAAAAAGGCAUCAAAGAAAACAUCUCAUGCUUUGUUCAGAAACUAGCCACUGUGACCCCAACACAACCACCCACGGAGGUUGAUGAUGACCACAAGAGCUUUAGUGUUGUUACACUUGCUGGCGACAACAAAGGCGCAACAAUGCACGUGGCAGAAGGUUCCUCCAACAAAACCAAGAAAGACGGUUCAAUCCGCAUUCACAGAGCCUACAAGAAGAAGAACCCAGAAGAAGAAGAAGAAGAAACCACAGAUGCAGGUGAUGAGAAAGAUGAUGAUGAUGAUGAUGACGUGGCUACUAACAAGGCGUACGUGAACAGUAACAUACAGAGCGUGAAUAACUCGAUGAUGGUGCAAGGUUCAGUUAGUGAAAGAGACCCAGGUGUUCGCGUUGCUCUUCCUAAUUAUCAGCUGAGUCAUGAACCGAAGGCUCCAGCUUUGGAGACAAGGAGGGUUGAAAUGAAUGGUAACCGUGUGAGUUACCCGAGGCCUGUAGUUCGACGACGGUGCCUGAGAGGUCUGUUCAUGGAACCGAGUGACUCUGAGCCUGAUAACCCGGACAAACCUCGCCGUCAUGGUUGCAAAUUCCGCUGUGGAGAUAAUAAUAAGGCUGCUGACAUCAUGUAACUCAAACCUCCCAAUAAACCAAAAUUUUACAUGAUUGUUAUGGUUAACUGAUUACUGAUUUUCGGUGUAUAUGGUUGCAAAUU